AUGGGAAAUUCCGACUAUUUUGAUGUGCCAGUUUUUUUCAUCGUUUUUCGCGAAACAACAGAAGCAGCCAUUAUUGUUUCUGUCCUGUUGUCAUUUUUGACAAAAGUCUUUGACAAAGGGACACCCGUUUACAAGAGGCUGCGAAAUCAAGUAUGGAUCGGUAGUGCCCUCGGUCUGUUUAUCUGUCUUUGCAUUGGUGCUGCUUUUAUUGCUGUCUGGUACACUGUGCUGAACGAUAUCUGGGGCAACUCUGAAGACAUCUGGGAAGGUGUAUUCUCCCUAAUCGCUACUAUUAUGAUUACUGCUAUGGGUCUCGCUAUGCUCAAGACGGAGCGCAUGCAAGAAAAGUGGAAAUUCAAGCUCGCCAAAGCCAUGGAAGCUGGUGCUGUUACUGGAAAGAAGGUCACCUGGAAGAUUCGUCUGCAACGCUACUCCUUCUUCUUGUUACCAUUUAUCACUGUGCUUCGCGAAGGCCUUGAAGCAGUUGUCUUUAUCGGCGGUGUCUCGCUCAAUGUUACAGCUAAAUCGAUUCCUAUCGCUGCCAUCAUGGGCUUUAUUUGCGGCUGCUUAGUCGGUUUUAUCAUUUACCGUGGUGGUUCGAUGUUGCACUUGCGCUACUUCUUCAUUGCCUCAACCAUUAUCUUGUACCUUGUUGCUGCCGGUUUGAUGUCCAAGGCAGUUGGUUACUUUGAGCAAUACUCAUGGAAUCAAGUAAUUGGUGGUGAAUCUGCUGAAGAAGGUGGCGCCGUUAUUGCUUACAAGGUGACCACCGCUGUUUGGCACGUCUCUUGGGGUGACCCAGAACUUAACGUUGACACCAACGGUGGCUGGCAAAUCUUUAACGCUAUCCUUGGCUGGAACAGCACUGCUACCAUUGGUUCGAUCAUUAGUUACUGCUUGUAUUGGCUUCUAGUCGCUGCUGCUUUGGUCUACAUGUUCAUCAAGGAACGCCGUGACGCUAUCGCCAAGGCCGAGCGUGGAGAAUUCGAAGAUGCAGGUGAUAUUGCUCUUGAAAAUGCUAAAAAUUUCAUCAAUGAUGAUGGUCAAAUCGUCGGCAAAGAAGUAGUAGAAGAUGAAGAACGCAUCGCUACUGGAUCAGCUGGCGAUGAGAAAGUUCGCCCCGCUUCUAUCAAGGCUUAG